AUGGAGCAACUGGAGAUGCAGCUCCGCUCGGUGCCUGAGACAACUGUACCUGAGACACCGGUGCUCCACAACGAGUUGAAAAUCCGGGGAGCCAUUCUGGGCGACGAGGUUCCGGCCUCUGACGCCACAGUUGAGGACCCAGAGCAGACGUCCGACAAGAUCCGAUUUGGUGAGAGUGUUUGGAGCCUUCCUUUGGUCUUAGACUUUCAAAGAUUUCCAUUGUGGGAUAGUAUCUUUGCAAUGCUGCUCCUCUUGGUGAACUUGGGUAUGCAGGCUAUGUUUUCAGGCAUUCUGCUGUCCGACAACUUUGCGGGUGCUGGAGUGCAGGUGGAGGAGGAAAGGGAAAAUGCGCGGAGGUGGAGGGUCAGCAUAGCACACGACUGGAGAUAUAUGGACCUCUCGGAAACCAGCCUGGCCACGCGCGUUUGCCAGAGCGAUGGCGCCCUGAUUUUAUCGACGCCGCAGGCCGAACUCAUCGACCAAAUCAACAGCUUUCUAGGCUUGGGGCCCACCGACUUCGAGCCGGGUUUUCUUCAGCCAGGAAUUCUCUUCUGUUCACUUUGCAUCCUUCAUUGGAGUUUGUGCGUCUACAAGGAAUUUCGUAGCGUCUGGCUUGCUCUUGAAGCUGUGAUCAUGACUCCAAGAGCUUCGCGAAGCACGAUCAUCGAGAACAGACUUGCCAGUCUGUCAACGCCUCGCCUCGUCAUUGUUCUUAUGUCCUUCGUGCUGCGGAUAGCCAUCGCAAGUAUCAUGCUGGUUGCUGGGGUCAACUGGUUGGGACGAACGACUUCAAUCACAGAAUUGAUGUUGAACGCCGUUGCCCUGAACAGUAUCAUGGACGUUGACGAGUUGCUUUUUGCCGGCUUCAUUCCAGUGUCAGUGCAACAGUCGGUCAGAAGGCUGGAGCCCAUCAAGAUGAAGUACAGCAGAUCUCGGAGUCAACGCGAAUCUUUUGGACUCUUCCUGCUGCUGGGCGCGACGAUGCUGGUCCCAUACCUGGUAUAUUUGGAGCCCCUCUCAGCUGGCAUGAUCAGCAUCAAAUGGGAGAUGUGUGGCGGGAACCAAACCUUUGUGGUGGCCAACAAUCCAGAGAGUCAGCAGAUUGUUGGUUACAGGACCCAAGAAGCUCGAAACGACCAGGAGCCUACUCUGAUUGAAAUCGCCGUGGAUCGGCACAAGUUCCAGGAAGAUGGCCCGCCUGAAUACAUCUUCUUUUCCGCCUCGCGGACAUUGUUCAACGCUGACAUCGAUGAAGACAUGAGCGGGGCAGCUGAGAGAGCGCCCUUCUGCAUCGAGACGGACGCGCUGAGACCGGGCGCUCCCUUCUAUGGUGACCUGGUCAUUGAGCCCAUCAUCCACGCUCGCAUGAGAUCCGCUCUGGUUGUUUUGGGCCAUCCUCCUGGCACUUCUUGUGAGAACAUCACUCAGCUCUGCAGCAGGCCCGAUGCUCGGCUCCUCAGAUUGAUGUGUGGCGACACGUGUGGCUGUACUGAUCCCUUUUCUUCGCCAUGGCACAAGGUUCCAUCGCAAGGAUGUUCCGAUGCCUGCACCGUCCGAACACAGAACAUCUUGGCCACACAGCCCUGUGAGGAUCAGCCCACUGGAGAUGUUUGGAAGGAAUUCUGGGACGGAUAUGCUGCAGCUUUGGCAGAAUUCUACGGGCAGAAUGUGAGCCGGGCAGUCAUUUGGCCCAUGGCCAGCAACGUCAUGGCACAGCUGCGGGUGACCGGAUGCAGUGGCCUAGGGGUGCCAGGGCUACAAGUCGAAAUGAUCACCCAGACACCGUGGUGUCAGGGUCACGACCGCUUAUUUCGCCCAUUGGCAUGGCUUUGUCCCAGGUCUUGUGGCUGUGCAGAGAAUCCGUCAUCCCAUUGCCCAGUGAAUUGCAAAGCAAACGCCAGCGGCUGA